ACAAGACUCUCCCUUAAAAAAGAUAGGCAUUUUAUUUAGCAUUAUCCAGACUUUGACAGAAUGUGACAGUUUCAUCAAAAUGGCCAAUAAACUAGGUUCCACAAUCUCCAGGAGCUACAAGUAUUGCAGAGCGUCUGGAGAAAAAUGUAUCAUUCACAAGGCAGCAUCAUGCAACCAGAUAUGAGCACUGACAUACCAGCUGGCAGGCAACACAAACGUAAAAUCAUCCUCGAAUCACUGCGAAACUUGGACAAGGCUUCUUGCAUGAAUGCCUACGAUUACACAACUUACUUGGCGUCAGUCCCUGUAUCCUCUGACAUCUUUGAUAAAACUGAGGACUGCAGCCUGCCAGUGUUGAAAACGCCACUGAUAGAAGAUAGCAGCCAAGAAGCAACUUCGCCCAGAUGCAAGCUGCGUCAGAGACUAUCCACCGUACACUGAGUUAUCUUCAUAGAAUAACCACUCUGAAUCAGUAACAUGAAGAGCAGAGCAACUACUGUACCUUUGAAUGCUGAAGUAUAAAUUAUUGAUGAGAUCAAUGUCCAAUAAGAA